UCGUCAAAGUACCUCAGUCGGAAUAAAAUGGAUAAUGGAAUACAAGGCUUCUUCAAAAAUAAGACCGUCUUCCUCACGGGCGGGACAGGAUUUUUGGGAAAAGUGGUAACUGAGAAACUACUGAGGACUACGGAGGUAAAUCGGAUAUAUUCGCUGAUUAGACCCAAGAAGGGAGUGCCCAUCCAAGAGCGUAUUUCGAUCUGGGAAAAGGACCCGGUUUUCGAGGUGCUCCUGCGAACCAAACCAGAUGCCCUGCAGCGCGUCUGCCCCAUCGCUGGUGAUUGCCUGGCUCCGGAUCUCGGGAUAAGCGAAUCGGAUCGAAAGAUCCUGGCCGCCGAGGUGCACGUUGUGAUCCAUGGAGCUGCCACCGUGCGGUUCGACGAGGCCUUGCACUUGGCCGUGGCCAUCAAUGUCCGGGCCACCCGAUUGAUGCUUCAGCUGGCCAAGCAGAUGACCCAGCUGGUCUCCUACGUCCACGUGUCCACCGCCUACUCCAACUGCGUGGUGACCGACAUUGCGGAGCGCUUCUAUCCGGAGCACUUGAACUGCAGUUCGGAUAAGGUUCUGGCCCUGGGUGAUCUGGUGAACAACGAAACCCUGGACAAAAUGACACCUGCCCUGCUGGGAUCCUUUCCCAACACAUACACCUACACCAAGGCCCUGGCCGAGGAUGUGAUCUUGAGGGAGGCGGGCAACCUGCCCCUGUCCAUCUUCCGACCGGCGAUUAUAAUGUCCACCUACAAGGAGCCACUAAAUGGGUGGGUGGACAAUUUGUACGGACCCUUGGCCCUCUGCUUUGGCGCAGCCCGCGGCGUAAUGAGGGUGACCACUGCGGAUCCCGAGGCCAAGAUCAAUUUAGUGCCAGCUGAUUAUUGUGUCAAUGUGGCAUUGGCCUGCGCCUGGAAAACGGCGGAGAAAUCUGUCGAAAGUGGAAAAGUCAAGAGGCCCCCGAUUUACACUUUGGCCCCCAGCGAGAAAAACCUGGUGACCAAUCGCGAAUUCAUCAAAUUAUCCGUUGUGUACCGCGACGUCAUUCCGCUGACCAAGAUGCUGUGGUAUCCCUUUGUCCUGUGCAUCUCCAACCCAUCCCUCUUCCCCCUGGCUGCCUUUUUCUUUCACACCCUGCCGGGAUAUUUCUUUGAUGCAAUACUACGGCUCUCAGGCAGAAAACCCCUGCUCGUGAAGCUCUAUCGGAAGAUUCACAAGAACAUCGCUGUCCUGGGUCCCUUCUCCAGCACCACUUGGAAGUUUGACUCGUCCAACACGAUGGAACUGAGGCAAUCGAUGUCCAAGGAGGACCGCAAUCUGUUCGACUUUGACAUGGCCCGCCUGGAUUGGAGCGAUUACUUCAAGUCCGCCAUGUACGGAAUGCGAUUGUAUAUUGGCAAGGAGCAGCCAACCGCAGAAUCCAUUGCCAAGGGUCUGAAGUUGAGGAUGCGCCUGAAGAUCCUUCACUAUGCACUUACAUCCUCGCUGAUCUCCGCAGCUGGUUUCGCCCUGUGGUCCUUGGCCAAACUUGUAGUUUAAUUUACUCAGCAGAAAGGAGGUCGUAAUAGUUUACGAGAGAUGUUUGUUCUGAGAU